AUGGCCGACUGUGGAGCAUCGGGUACUGCGCUGGAUCAGGCCACACGGGCCCUGAUGGGCGGAACAGGCAGUGCCAGUGCUCUGAAUGCCCAAAAGCAAGUGGAAAACUUACUGGGACACACGGCUCUCACAGGAGCAAACGGUCAAGCCGUGAUUCCACACUCUCAGCCACAAUUCGUCUCGCCGACGCUGGGUCAUGGCCAUGACACAUUGUUGGCGUCCGUACCACAGCGCUCAGCCUAUCCGCAUGCAAAUCAUCAUCACCACUUCCAAAGGCCACACCAACAGCAUAUGCCUGCAGAGUUCGGUGUGGCUGUCGCGCAGCAAAUGAACUAUUCCAUCCCCAACAAUCACUUUCUGCACAUGCAGCAGCAACAACAACACGCAAUGGCAAUGGCACACCACCAGCACCAGCAACAACAACAACAAAUUCAGCACCUUUUGAAACGACAAAUGGAAGCAAAUCAGGAAAAAGAACAGCAUGAAACGGCACAAGAGGUUGCCCACGAGUCGUCAAUUGACGAUGUUGCCGUGUCCGUGGAAGACCUGCAAGAGGCGCUUGGCGAGCAGGACUUUGAUGAAGGAGUUCCUCGAGGAGCAACCAUUGAGGAGUUGGCUGCAGCAUGGGCCGAAGCCCAGGACAUGGCAUUUGAAGCCGACGUGGCUGCUGCGGGAGUCGAUCCGCUCACCGAUGAUGCCGGAAUUCUUGGCCCUACGGGGGAAUUCCAGACACAACCAUACCAAUUCGUAAAUAAUCAAGUCCAGCAAAACAUGGAAAAACUAUCCAACACAAACUUUCUAGAAGAAGGUAUUCAACAAUUCAAGCAGGGAAAUCUUGCUGAGGCUAUCAAGAAUUUUGAAAUGGAACUACAGCUCAAUGACCCCGACAACUCGGCGGCGUGGUUAAUGCUGGGAAAGUGUCAUGCUGAAAACGACAUGGACAGAGAUGCCAUCUUGUGCCUAGAAACUGCUGUCGAAAAGGACCCUUACUCGACCGAAGCGCUCUUGGCUCUGGGGGUAUCCUAUGUCAACGAGCUUAAUCAUGCCAAAGCACUCUCGGUCUUGAAAAGCUGGGUCACCACUAAUCCCAAGUACGCUGGAAUGGAUCUCAGCUCGGGAGAGGACGUAUACGGAGACGUACACGAGGGAGCCAAACAGCAUGAUGCAGACUUUGCCGAGCUACAAGAUCUCUUGCUCAAGGUUCUUGAGUUCGAUCCGGAUCCGUCCAUUUGGGAAGCCUUGGGAGUCGCUGCCAACGUCAGUAGAGACUACGUCACGGCUGUUGAGGCAUUCCAAAAGGCUGUCGAAGCUCGUCCAGACGACUACCAGUUAUGGAACAAGCUGGGGGCCACUCUAGCAAACAGCAAUCAGAGUGCUAAAGCAUUGAACGCGUACCACAAAGCUAUCGCCUUGAAACCGAAGUAUUGCCGUGCAUGGCUCAACAUGGCUAUCUCCCACUCCAAUCUGCAAGACUUUGACGAAGCUGCUAGAUGCUACUUGCAAACACUGAGUUUGAAUCCAAGUGCUGUCCAUUGUUGGAGCUAUCUCAGAGUUGCGCUCACUUGCGCUGAAAGGUGGGAUCUAAUACCUUUCGCUGCUUCACAGGAUUUGGAUGCUUUCGCCAAACAUUUCGACUUUGUUAGAUACAACUAA